AUGAAUAGAAUAAUCAAAGCUGUUCCAGAUGAUGAAAUAUCAAAAAAACUGACUAAAAUAGUCUGCACAAUUGGUCCGGCCUCAGCUAAUGUCGAUAAAAUAGUAGCAAUGAUUAAAUCUGGCAUGAACGUGUGCAGAUUCAAUUUUUCACAUGGUACUCAUGAGACUCAUUAUGAAACAAUGAAACUUGUGAAGGAAGCUAUGAAGCAGGUACCAGGAAAACACAUUGCGCUAAUGAUAGACACUAAAGGCCCUGAAAUCAGAACUGGAAAGCUAGCUCAAGGAGACUAUAUCCAAUUGACAGCGGGACAAACCGUAAAAAUUACUUCUGACCAGUCAGUGCUAUGUACUAAUGAGAUAAUUUCAAUCACCUACGAGCAUCUAACUUCCUCAGUCAAACCUGGCAAUAUUAUUUUGAUGGCAGACGGAACAAUCUCAUUCAAAGUUAUCUCAGUGGAAAAAGAUUAUGUUGUUGGGGAGGUGAUGAAUUCUGCUAGACUGUCUAAUAGAAAAAAUGUCAACCUACCAGGUGUAAAGGUAAACAUACCAGUGAUUGGUGAGAAGGAUAAGAAGGAUAUAUUGGAAUUUGGCGUCGCCCACAACAUGGAUUACAUUGCAGUUUCAUUUGUUCAGUCUGCUAAUGACAUUCUAUCUGUUAAAAAACUGAUUGGACACAAUUCAAAUUUGAAAAUUAUCUCUAAGAUUGAAAAUGUGGAAGGACUUAUCAAUUUUGACGAGAUAUUGGAGGUAUCUGAUGGAAUAAUGAUUGCAAGAGGCGAUCUUGGCAUGGAAAUACCAUCAGAGAAGGUCUUUAUUGCCCAAAAAAUGAUGAUUUACAAGUGCAACAUUGCAGGUAAACCAGUAAUAACUGCCACACAAAUGCUAGAAUCUAUGAUAGUAAAUCCAAGACCAACAAGAGCAGAAGUGACAGAUGUGGCCAAUGCUGUACUUGAUGGAUCUGACUGUGUAAUGCUAUCCGGUGAAACUGCUAAUGGAGCUUUCAGUGUCGAAUGUGUGAGACUGAUGUCCCACAUUUGUCUGGAAGCCGAAUCCUGCACUGAUCACAUGUCAGUAUAUUUGAACUUAUUGAAGGCAAUUCCUACCCCCGUUACUACACAAGAAGCAAUUGUGAGAUGUUCAGUUGGAGCAAUAUAUUCUGUUAAUGCAUCUUGCAUAAUUGCUUUGACUGAAACGGGCAAAACUGCUUCUCUGCUCGCCAAGUACAAACCUAACCAGCUGAUUAUUGCCAUAUGUAAUAAUGAGAAUGUUGCGGCGGGUUUGGCAUUAAAUAGGGGUGUUGUACCAAUUAUGGUGGAUUCGUUCAUUGACUCCGAUGCCAACAUUAACCAUGCCAUAGAAUUUGCCAAAAAGAACAACAUUGUUGUGGAAGGCAGCACUGUACUGGCUGUUCACGGCAUGGUAAGUUGUGCCCCCGGCAAUACAGAUAUGCUUAAAAUUCUUAAUGUUUAA